AUGGGUAACUCAGGAUCUAAAUUCAACACCUCUCAGCUCUCAGCUGAAGAGCUUCAAGACAUCCCAAACGUCAUCCGCAUGGCCUACCAAAAUUCAUGGAAGAAAUACGCCUGCUUCACAAGCAUGAACAUCAGUCUUGGCCCACCUGACGCUGAGCCCAUGUAUACCAUCAGCUUCACCAAGGGCUUAUACGGUGAUAUCGUCCUUCACAAGGGUCCUACCCCCGAGUCACCAGCCAUUGCAACAUCAUCAAGAAUCAAGCAAUACCACGAUGACUACCUCAUCACGUUGCCUACAGGAAAGGGCAUCCACGAAGAAACUCUGCGUCGACCUAAGGGUCUCAAGGGCCGUUUCUGGUUCGGAUGCCUCGUUGGUAACGGUUCAGAUCAGCGUGUUGAGCGCUUCGAAUGGCGCCGUUCGCGCGGUGCCGAAGUCAAGAGUGUCGGGCAGUCCAAAUGGGGUGGCUACAAGCUCGUCCGUCUCGGCAGCACCAACACCAAAGAAGAAUACUCGUCCAGCGAAGAGGACUUCCCCGAGGGCAGCAGCGCCAGCGGCGAAGGUUACACCAGCGAUGGCAAGGAGGUUGUGGGAGUUUGGGGAAAUGCCAAUUGCUGGAAGACCAUGUCUGGUGUUGGAGAGUUCCAGUUUCGAGGAAGCGGUGCCACAGGCGAGUUGGGUAACAUGUGGGCUUUGAUGGCUGUCAUGAGCUGCAUGUCUAUCUGGCAAAAGGUCCAGAGGGAUAACGCUACUGCUGGUGCCUCGGCCUCUUCAGCUUCUUCCAGUUCCGCUGCCGCCGCUGCAGCUGUAGCAUAA